AUGAAUGUCUGCUCGUUACGGUUACGUCCGGUCAUGUGCAACACUGGAGCGUUACGAGAGAUUCCCCUGAAAGCCAUCCCGGUGACGGUGGAGCAGCUGUCACUGACGAAAAACUAUUUCCCGAUCGUCAAGAGUGACGCCUUCGGUGGGUUGCGUGCCCUCCGGAAGCUGUCGCUCGAUGGCAACAACAUCACCACCAUCAAACCGUUCGCCUUCCGUGGCCUUCCCCGGUUGCGCGAUCUCUCGAUACAGCACACGCCGCUCGCGACCGUCGCCUCGUUCGCGUUCGCCGGGCUCCAGAACGUGUCGCAGAUACUGUUGGCCCACAACAAGAUUCUGCGCAUCGAAGGGUACGCGUUUGCCGGUGCGGUCAACAUCCGGUUGAUCCAUCUGGCCGAUAAUCCCACCGUCACGAUCGAGACGAACGCCUUCUCGAGUCUCAGCAACGUCGACCGGUUAAUACUGCCGUCGGGUAUCCGGGCGAUCGAACCGGACGCUUUCUACGGGCUCGAGACGGUCGGCUAUCUGAAGCUCUCGUUCAUGGAUCUGGCCUCACUGGCACCGUACACCUUCCGCGGUUUGACACACGUGAAGCUGCUGUCGCUGCAGGAGUCCGAUCUGGGCAUCAUCCGGGCCGGUGCCUUCGAUGGGCUCGUACACGUCGAGCUACUCAACAUUCUCAACAACAAAAUCGACGCCAUCCAGGAGCUGAACAUUACGCAGGCGAACCGCAUCCGAGUGCUGCGGAUACAGGGGAACCAUCUACUGGAAACGCCCGAUAGCGGGGCGAUCGUGCUCGAGGGCAUCGAGACGCUCCAUGUAAAUAGCAACUACUUCCCGUGUGGAUGCCACAUCCACACGCUGCUCGAUAGUCCGCUGGCCAAUGGGACGUACGCGUCGCACGGUGGCACUAGCGGUGAUUUCCUCUCCAAGAACUACUGCAUCUCACCGCUGGAGGUGAACGGACUGCCGAUGAGUGCGAUCGACCUGUACUCGAUCGGACGCUGUCUGGAGCAGGUGACUCGGGAAAACCUGGAAGCUUCCAAUUCGGCCCGAUCGAGCGUCUGGCGAGGGAGAACCCGCUCCUGGCAGCACUGGACCGGUGGCGAUGGCUGGAUGACCGGUAGUAGCAGUACGGGCGGCACUGGCACAGGAACCGGCAGCAGUCGCAACACCGGCGGCAACACCGGCGGCAACACCGGCGGCAAUGGCCAUGGGCAUGGUAGCCACGAUGGGCGGCCAUUGCUGACGGCAGUUUCGUCGGCCGUGAGAUACCUGCUAUCGUCACCACUACCAUCGACACGUAUUGACGAGGUGGAAAAUGAUUCAGAAACCGAACCUACUGCCAACACUGCAGCGAUAACCGGAGCGGCUGCAUGUCGGUGCUGCUUAUGAAUGUCCAUCGCUAGCCGAAACCUACUGGCCGAAUUCUGGUCAGUCGGAUCUCGGAGCAGGCAGCAGGCAGCCGGUUAGCAGGGACGAAUGCAAAAUGCGGAAUAUUUUAUGUGUGACAGCAGAACUGCAUAAACAGCACGGUAGAGCAUAAUGAAAUCGCAAAUGCACUUCGCUGAAAAUCACACUAAAUAUACAUACCCGGGAGCACACGAGUACCAAGGGGCACGAGUGGCACGAGCAGUAUGAGCGCAGCGCGAGCAUGGAGGGCAGCGAGUAAUGCAAAAAUAAUUCAAUUAUCGGAAAAAUACAGCAUUUCCCUCGCGCCACCUGAUCCGCGUCCCCGGUUGCUGUCCGCAUAUCCGGUCACUGAAAAAUGGCCUACGGGACGUUCGGCGGCGUUUCACGUUCAUCU